AUGUGGUCCCGCUACAACCAAUCCAAGUCGCAAAGUUGGUCGCCUGUGGCACACGAGGAGGGGGUGACACCGUUUUCUCGGUACCCUCUUCAGGACAACUUCUAUAACUCCCUGGCUCACUUGCACGUCUGGGUGGUCUUUCCAUAUGUGGCUCUGAUGGUGUGGCAGUUCAUCUUCAAGAAGGGCGGUUCGGGGCAUCUACAGCGGGGUUUGAUGCUGAAGUGGCUGUCACUGGCCGUUAUCGGUGGCGGCUGGGUCUUGCAGAUUCGGCAUUCCUGGCUCAGCGACCCCAAGGUCUUCGAGAAGCACCCCGCGCUCUUCAGCCUUCCCUUCGCGCGGAGUUUCGUGAGCGCCUUUGGCAGUUCGACGUUGGUGAGUGCCUUGAACUGCUAUGUUAUUGGUGUCAAGGAAAAGUCGCGAAUGCUCAUGGUGGGCAGCACCGGGCACUUUCUCAUCCUGGGAGCAACGCUGGUGUCUUUGGGGAUCAUCUUGAAUGCCUACGUUUACAUGACCCAAGAGUUAAUGAAGCUCUCGAUUUGGAGCUCGUACCACUGGGAGAUGCUGUGUGAGAUGAUGGUGAUUGGCUCCGUCUUCCCCCUCUAUGACGGGCUAAACUUCUAUGUGCUGAUGACCUGGUGGCGCACCGGCUCCUUGAACUAUCUAGAACACCAUGUCAUGAAUGCUGUGUGGACGAUGAGCAAGACGGUGGCUGCGGUUCUGCUCUUCACGGCUCACGAUGCACAUCGGAUUUUUCCUCACCCGGGCAUUGGCCUUUUCUCGCGUUUGGCAAUUCAGCUGGUCCCGCAACUUUUCAUCUUACUUCCUUACCUCCUUAGGAUCUUUCGGCAUGUGAAAGCCGCGCCCAGCUGCAACAAGCAAUGCUAG